CCCUCGGCUUAGUGGCGCGUCAAAUCCGCUAGCUUGAAUGUCCGUCAGCUCUCCGGGCCAAAGAUGUCUCGCUGGUCCCCGCUUGGCUCAGACUCCGACAACCGGAGGAGGAGGCUGGUUGAACAAACUCAGGGUCCAAGCCACCAGGCUCACGACGACAGCUGGGAGGAGAUCCAGAGCAUAAGGACCAUCAGAGCGGAGAACGAAGUGGAAGCCAACAAGCUGGUCAACAACUACAGGUUUGGCUUUAGAAAAUGGAAGAGCCACGUGACGGAGCGUCCUUUUAAAGACCGCUCGGAGGUCGUGAAAGAGCUUUACUCGGAGCUAAACGUGGUCAAGCCUCUCACUGGUCCAGGUGAUCUCAUCACUUGUGGAAAUGUAGUGUAUGUUGUUCUUUUUGGUUGGUGGGUGUCCCUGGCGUACCUCCUGGUGGGCACACUCAUGUUCCUCACCGUCGUCGGUGCACCCUAUGGAAAGCUGUGCUGGAAGUUGUCCUGCUACUUUCUAUGGCCGUUUGGCAAGCUGGUUCACGAGAUGGGAGAUGCGUUCCGGAGAUGUUGUGAACAAAUGCCUGACUGUGAGUGCACCGGGGAGUGGGUGGAGAACAACUCGCCGGUUCUGCUGCCUUCACCGGCGGAGAGUCCAGUUCCGGAGGCCUCGGAGCAACCAGCGCACUCGGACUACUGGUGCCGGUUCUCCACGUAUGUGUGGCUGCUGCUGGGAUAUCCUCCUAUGGUGGUCAUCCAUUCGCUGGUCUGCCUCUUCUCCUGGGUCCUUGUCUUCACCAUCCCUGUAGCCAAGAUGAACGCACGCACUCUGGGCAUCAUCCUGCUCUUGCCUCCUGAGCAAGUGUCUGUGUCCGCCAGCUCACAGCGGAAGCAUCAAGGCUACAAGGGCAGGACACUGCUGUGCUGUUACCAUGCAGCAAACUGGUACUACUACAAGUAUACUGUGGAUGGCAUCAAUGUAUUUGCUGUCAAUCUCCUCCCUCUUGUAAUAUUCGCCCUGAUAAUCGGCUACAUCGACCGGGAAAACCGCUACGCCAGCUCCCAGGUCAAGUUCGCCGUAGCGCUAGGUUCCAUCAUACCGCUGUCGUAUUACAUCGGCAUGGGCAUCGCCAGCAUCUCGGCCCAGAGCAACUUUGCCGUGGGCGCAGUCGUCAACGCCACGUUCGGCUCCAUCACCGAGCUGACCUUUUACAUCACGGCUCUCAUCAGGGGUCACCGCAAAGCCAACCCGUGCCUGCAGGAGGUGGUGAAGGCGGCGCUGACCGGCACGUUGCUCGGGUGCAUCCUCUUCAUCCCGGGCAUCUGCAUGAUCAUCGGAGGACUGAAGCAUCGAGAGCAGAGGUUUAACAGUCGCUGCACAGGCGUGAGCGCCGCCCUGCUCUUCAUCUCUGUCGGAGGCGUCUUCGCCCCCACGCUCUUCUCCAAGGCCUACGGCAACCUGGUGUGUGAGGCGUGCACGUCCGGGAGCAACAGCAGCGGCCCGCUGGUUUGCCACAACUGCCAUUACGAUGUGAACAACGGCACGCUGUUCCACCACCACGUGGAGCCUCUGAUCUACUCCGUGUCCGUCCUCCUGCCCGUGGCCUACAUCAUCGGCCUGAUCUUCACCUUGAAGACACACUCCCAUAUUUAUGACAUCCAUGUUGGACCGGGACAAGGGAGCGGCCACGACGGCGCGGUGGUCCACUGGUCCCGCUGGAGGUCCAUGCUCAUCCUCAUCAUGGCCACCGCGCUCACGUCCGCCUGCACCGACCUGGCCACCGAGCACAUUCAGCCCAUUCUCAACCAGCCCAACGUCUCCCAGUAUUUCAUCGGGGUCACGCUCCUCGCCAUGGUUCCGGAGAUCCCCGAGAUUGUCAACGGGAUUCAGUUUGCGCUUCACAACAACAUCAGCCUCAGCUUGGAGGUGGGGAGUUGCAUCGCCGUGCAGGUCUGCAUGCUCCAGAUUCCCAUCCUGGUCUUGUUUAACACCUUCUACGAUGUGGGCUUCGUGCUCCUGUUCGCUGACCUCCACCUCUGGACCAGUAUUUUCAGCGUGAUUCUGGUCAACUACAUCUUCAUGGAUGGCAAGUCAGACUAUUUUCAAGGUACAGCUCUGGUGAUUGUCUAUCUCAUCCUAUUGGCUCUCUAUUACUUUGCUCCGUCUCCAGCAGGCUGCUGACUGUGCGACUUUUAAAGCAACAGUACGUAAUAACGGGUCUUUACAUUAGUUGGGGGGGUUGGCUUUGGGGGGGUGUUAGUGGCAUAUUCUCAAAGGCCAUAGUGACGCUCCAGAUCCCUUUUUUUUUUUAUGGUGGACCAGCCAGGACGCCACUUACGUCGUUUUUCCAGCAGCGCACUUUUCCGAUGUGUGUUUGUGUCGAAAGAUUGCCACACCAAAAUGAUGAGCCAAUUUUGCACAUUUUAAUAGCGUGGCUUUAAAGUAUUUUUCACUCUCGCGAGCCUAAAGUUGCACAAUUACUUAAGCAAACAAGUUAUUUGAGUUUCGGCAUAUUUAUUUUUUUGGCACUCCAUGUUUUUAAACCUGAUUCUGG